GCAAGCCUUCCAACAGCAGUAAUCAAAGCUCUAAUGAAAACUUUUCUCCUCGACAUUACACCAGUAGUUCACCCCCACCGUUUCGUCGUUAUUCCACUGUCACCUCCAAUUUAGAUUUGACAACUACACUUUCUCCACAGGAAGCAGUAGCUAAACAGUUACAAAGAGCAACUACUGUUAUUGGUUUUAACUUUUACACAACUGAAAUGCCGAAAGUGACGGAAGCAAAAACCACACCAAACGAAUCAAACUUAAGCACUCGAAAAUCAAAUUUGUACCAAAAUCAAAAGUAUAGGCAAAUUAGCGGGUUUUCUACUUCAAUAAGUAUCCAAAAUAACUUGCAAACUACUAGGUCUCCUCAGUGGAAUCAUGGCGUAAGAUAUGCUCCUUCCCCUACAAGAAGCAGUCACGCGUUUAUUCAAAAGGCAAAAGAUUACACAGUUGUUCCAACACAGAACCCAACAAUUGUUUCAACACUCGAUGAAACGUCUAACCUUUACACAACGAGUGUACCAUUACUAAAUGCUACUUGGAGUAACUAUGGAAACGUCGAAAAGCAGCUACAAAAUCUAGAUAAGACAAUUUAUAGAAAUCAAGAGGAAGACGUUUCUUCCGAAAUCUCAGCUACAGUAACAUCAAAACUUAAAUUAGUCAAACAAUAUUUUAGAGGUCCACAACAUAUAUUCGCCUUUGAAGAUACAACGCCAUUCUCCACAACAGAUGUUGACCUGACAACAACGUACGCUCCCUCUUCAACUACCUUAAGGAGCAAUGUAAAUAGUGCUGAAUUGACUUCAACUCCCCUACCAGCUUCAGAUUCGCUGAAUAUGUUUGGUCAACAAAAUGUGAAAGUUUAUUCUGCGAAUUCUCAUGCAAAAGUGAUAAAUGCUUUGCAAUUAGCGAAUAAAGUUUUCGGGCGAAGAAAUCAUACAAGUAAGUUCGGAAUUAAUACUUCAACGAGCACAGCAAAGCCAAAUGUUCAACACAAGUUCACAUACGCUCCCACAAGCUAUUCAACAGGUACUUUCGAUUCUGAAAACCCUACUAUAGCAAGAAAAUUAGUUUUUAAUUUCCGAACUGGAACUACCGACAGUAUUUCUCUCCAAACCAGCUCCAUUUUGCCAAACUUUAAUCACAAAAGCAGUUCUCAUAAUUCCGUUACAGAAGGAUUUCCAACUGGCACGACCGAGUUCGAUUUCAAACUGAAAACAAAUAAUUCGCAUAUUAUAAGAAACGUUUCUCCAGAGACAACCUUUCAUACAAAACUUAUUCUUAAUAAUUCAUCAAAUGAUAACAACAUGGGAUUAUAUAAAAGUUUACGUCCUGUUACUAAGCCUUACAAUAGCCCCACCGUUCCACCAAACCGAAAAUUAUUCAAUGAAACGAUUAAGUUUUUGCGAAAAGGCACUUCCAAUGUGUUCGACUUCCGCGUAAUUCCCUCUGUCAGUUCCGAUGAAAUAUCGUCAUUAGGAACAAAUCCGAGUUCAACUUUAAGGACCACGAACCGCCCAAACAGAUACCCAAGUUACGACGGUGGUUUAUCUUCCACAAAUUACAGCAGGGCACACGAUAUCCAAGUUAUUGGCUCACAUGAAGCAAGCCCUGAAACUGUGACAAAACUUAAUUCCAAAGAUUCUACCACAGACGCUACUUUAGAUAACUACGUUAAUCAGACUGAGGAUUUUCGAGUAAAUGUCGAAACCACUCGGAAUGCCAUCCAAAAGGCAACAACUUCUCCAAGUGAUGAUGGUUCCAGAGUUGAGCUGACCACGGAACUGGCGAUUGAGGAACAAGCGAUCGUCGAAUCAUUCAAAUCUAUGAAGGUGAAAAUGCAGGAGAUGAUGUCCAAAGGGUUCCGACACCUCAUGCCGAUGUUCAUGGGAUUAAGUUCUGAUGUUAGCGUUUCCAAUGACUGUACGUUUUCUUUGUUGAGGUGGCUGCGAGGGAUCAAAUCCAUGGAACAAUGGGCAGUUCAAAUGAUGGAUGCAUCCAGCAAAAUUCCGGAAGGCAUUUUAUACGGUACGUUUUCAACGUUUGGAUCUUAUGAUGAGUGCAUUGGCAUCAAAACACCCAAUUUGAAUAUGCAAGCUCCGUAUAGAGGACAAUAUUGCUCGAUUAAUAUCCAGCCUGUUUUGCCAGAGAAUGAACGGCACUUCACAAUUCAAAAUGCAUUCAGGAAGUAUCCAAAGUUGAAGCAAAUAUUUCAAGAGAUGAAUAUUGAAGAAGAUACCAUGGCUUACUAUUAUAUCUUAAAACACAGAAUUGGUGUUUGUAUGCCUUCAACUUGCAGUAUAGAAGAUCUUGGGAACGUUACGGAGAAAUUGGCAGAUCAAUUAAAGAUGAAAAUCACAGUUGGAAGAUGUGAAACUUCCGAGAAGCCUAGACUUACGAAAGGACAAAUCAUCAGCAUGUGUGGUGUGUUUAUUAUGUUUGGCAUAGUUGUUGUUGCAACAAUCAUUGAUAUGUGUAUUCGAUUCAGAACUAAACAUGAAAUGGAUUUAGAAGACAUUAUCAGGAAGAAAAGUGUCUUGCGGCAAUUCAGCUAUGUAUUUUCAGCCUACGGAAAUGCCUGUAGAAUUUUAAAUACCUCUCUACCUGUAACACAUCUGUCAUCUUUACAUGGGAUCAAGUUUUUGAGCAUCACAUGGGUAAUGUUGGGUCAUGUGUACUAUUGUAAAGACUAUCUUACUUUAGCUGGUUUAAAUAAAGUGCGUGACCUUGGGGCAAAUCUGGCGUUUCAAGUUGUUUUAAACUCUGCUUUUGCUGCUGAUACAUUUUUCUUCUUAAGUGGUCUUCUUGUUGUGUAUACUGCCUUCAGUUAUUUAGAGCUAAAUAAUGGACACUUUUCUAUUGUGGGUUUUUAUGUGCGCAGAUAUUGCAGGUUAACUCCAGCCUUUCUUAUGAUUUCUGGAGUAAUUUUGCUUGGACCAUUGGCUGGAAGUGGACCUAUUUGGCAUGAAACUUUAGAACCUUUUGUUAGCGGUUGCCAGAGUUAUUGGUGGACGAACUUGUUUUAUUUUUCAAAUUUUAUACCAACAUCAAAAACUUGUGUUCCUCAUGGAUGGUUUUUAUCUUGUGACAUGCAGUUUUAUAUCAUUUCUCCUGUAAUUAUUCUAGCUUUAUAUAGGAAACCCAAAAUUGGCAUGUUAUUAAUUGUUCUCGGCAUUCUAACUUCAAUGGCUACCACUGGCUGUUUGACUUUCAUGUAUAAUUUACCUCCAGUAUCACUAUUUUCUCUUCCUGACCCCAAGGACAUAAAUGAAUACCUGAACACAAUUGGUUACAAACCUUAUGCUCAUUAUGCUGCUUAUUGUGUAGGAAUGGCAACAGGCUUUUUGUUGGCUGCUAAGGAGAAAAUAUCUGUAACUAAAUCUGUUCAAAUCUUUGGCUGGGUUUCUUCGACUAUUACCUGCUUACUUGUAAUUUAUGGUACGUGGAAUUGGAAUAGUGGAGAGUUGCCAGAUUGGAAAGUGUCGGUUGCUUAUGCCACUUCAAGCAGAACAAUUUGGUCUCUUGGUGUAGCUUGGUUAGUUAUAGUAUGCUACUCUGGACAUGGAGGUAUCGUAAAUGACAUAUUGUCUUGGCAUGGCUUUGUGCCAUUGAGCCGCUUGUCCUAUUUAGCAUACCUAAUCCAUCCAUUAUUGAUGUAUUUGUACGCCAGCUAUGUCAGAUCUCCUUUUUAUUUCAGUCAGUAUGUAGUGGUGUAUCUCUACUUGAGUCACCUAUGCGUGACUUUCGGUCUUGCAUUCCUGUUCUCUUUAGCCUUUGAACUGCCUUUCCUAAAUUUGGAGAAAGUUUUCUCUAGCUAUUUGGACCAAAGCAAACGAAAAAGAAGAGCAUCCUUUUCGCUUCCCCACAGCAACUGGCUGCAUCCAGAACAUCCCGAAUUGAAGGAUUCAGUCGUCUUGAUGCGCAGGCGACCCGACCGAUUUGUCACAUGAUUUUUGGUAGCACUAGGAAGUGUGACAUCAUAAUGGGAAACAAAAAGAGCUUUGGGAAUUCAUGUCAAAGACUUUGCUAUACACCAGUGGUGCACACAAUGGGAGGGUCCUGGGGGUUCAGACCCCUCCCAUCGCCCUUGAGUGUUUUUGAUAGAUCAUAAUCCUUUGCAUGCAGUAUGUAAAAUACCAAGCAAAGGUAGCAAUAAUUUAAUUUUUAGUAAAUUAAAAUACAAAAUUUAUUUUCUCUCUUUCUUCCCCUGCAACAUUGAACUGUAUGUGAACAUAAAUUGUUCUGUUAUGAUGACUUUGCUUUGUUGUUUUAUUUAUGACAAAUGUAAAUACAUUCCUUCUUGUAUUUUCUGGAAUUUUUACUAAGCAUUUGUUAUUAAUAAAUUAAUAUUCAUGCUAAGUAAUAAUUCAAUAUUUUUUAAAAUGUUUUUUGUUCCUGAUAAUCUAUGAAAUCAAAAAAACAUGUUUGGAUAUGUGGUGAAGUAUAAUUCGAGAAUGGUAAACCUUCGAUCCUGGACCCCCUUUUUGAAAAAUUUCUGUGUGCGCCACUGCUAUACACUUGUAAAUAAAUAUAAAAUGGAUGGUACAGAAUAUAUUUGUCCUUUUUGUAAAUAUGAAGUUGUUUUUGGAGAAUGUUCUCGGUUUUUGUUAAAGUUGGAAGUGGAAGUUGGAAUAUACAAGUGAAAGGAAAUUUUAAUCCCAUUUGUACAAAAUGGGAUUAUUUGAACCAUUUUUCUGGUGAAGAAAAGCAGUAUUUUAACUUUCUGAAAAAUUGCUCAGAAUUAUUUGGAUACAAUCAGUGGACUGUUAUGCAGAGACAUGACUUGCAUCAAAGAUGGUCAUGGAUGUUUUGUUGAAAAUUGUUCAUUAUUAUUCUUAAUAUUUUGAUUGAGUUCCUUUUAUUUUAGGAUACAUGAAUAUUUUUCAAAUGUAUUUUGAGAUUUUGACUUCUUGGUUUAUUAUGAAUUGAAACUUUUUGUUUAACAUCUUAUAACUAUAGUAUUUGAACAGCACAAAAUUUGAAUUCUUUAUGAAUUUUACCCCCUUUUUUUAAAGCAAUUUCUUUGGUGUUUUUGUUACCCUUUUAAUUUUUAUUGAUAAUAAAAUAUGAAGCUCAAAAAUUUUAAUGAAAAUUUGUUAAUUUUUUUUAAAAUUUAUAAAAAUUAUUUGAAAAAAAAAUAGAGGGAAAUAGCAAGAAAUAUGAAUUAUUUGGUAAGCCUUCAUAUGCUUUUCAUUAAUAAAAAUAUAUUCUGUAAAAUUAAAAUGGACAAAUUUCCUAGAAGAAAGAAAAAGACUAUGGUUGAUGGUUUGGUGCAUUCCAUUUGAUUUGUUCAAUUCUUUAUCUGUAUCAAGGACAGAUCCAGAAAAUUUUCAAGGAGGGGUUGAUUUUUUUAACUUACCUGUCUAUUUAAUUAAAACAUGUUUGGGGCGGGGACACAACAUUUUUAUCUACCGGGGGAAAUCUCUAUACUCCUUUUUCCUAACAUGGCCAAAAACGGUCUGAUAUUGUAUCUUUAAAACUUCAACUCUGAAAAAUUUUUGAGAAUUAGAAUAGAAUUCAAACCCCAAUUCAUUCCUAAAUGUCUUCAAAUAUGGCUUACAUUUGCGUUUAGUGUCUUCCAGGAAAAUUUGCCGGUGCAGGGUCUCUCAAGGGAGGGGCAAUCUCCCUCAUCGUCCCUCCCUUGUAUUCGUCUUUGAUUUGUGUUUGCUGUUUUUUUUGUUUGAUAUUGAAAAUAUUUUUAAAAAAUUUUUUUAAAAAUUUUAUGAUCCAUAUGAUACAUGUCUUUAUUAAUACAUAUUUUCUGACGUACGGCUGCAAUGCUUUGACUGAGGUAAACUAAAUACAGUACAAACCUCGUUUUAACAAUUGUCAAGAGACUGAAAAAGUUAUCGUUAAACCAAGGAUAUCGUUAAAUCAAGGAGCAUAGACAGUUAAUGCAGUCAUAUCCGUACCGGUGAAAUAUAUUAUUAAAUUGGGGAAAUCCUUAAAUGGGGUAUCGUUAAAUCAAAGUUAUACUGUAGUUCUGUAGGAAAAGCAAGAGACCAAAUUAUUUAUUUACAAUUGAAGUCUGCUUCGUUUAGAGAGUGCGUUUCUUUUUGACACAAGCAGUGUUUUUUUACUACACUUGGUCUUAGACUGUCAAUUUCUCCUAUAAUUUUCCUUCUUUCUUAUCUUAUUACUUGGCAAAUUUAUUUCCCCCACCCCCCAAGUGUGAUCCAGACUAAAUUCCUUCUAACAUUAUUGAUCCUGAGCUUGUUAAGCUAUGUUGGUUAAUAUAUUUCACCAACAAUAGUAGUAAUUUUGUUGCAUUUUUCCCCCAGUAUUAAUUACUUAGUAAUUGCAUACACAAACGAUUUAAGAGUUCCUUAAAGCUGAAUACUACUUUUAUAAAUAAUUUCACUAACAGAGAUUCUAGAUAUGAACAUGUACUAAGUAUGAUAAUAAGAAGUAAUAGCAUAAGAAGUCUUAACAAUAAUUAUGAGUUUUGAAUAUAUUAUUUAAAAGUAAAUCUCAGUAAGCAUUGUGAAGCUAUGGCAACUUAAAUUAAGUCGCUCAAUUUUCGUUUUAAAGUUGUAUUUGUGUUUUUUCUUUUGAUAAAUAAAUCAUUUUCCCCAUGCUUGUCAUAUGGAGAGUUUUUGCAAGUCAUAAUACUUGCAUCUAAGCAUAUUCUGUGAUAAUAUGUAAUGACUUUUAUAUGAUAUAUACGUAGGUGUUUUUAUGUGAAACUCAAUUUUAAAAUGUUUCAAAUUAUUUUUAUGUUCAUCAAUGUUGUGC